GACUGUGUCACGAACACUCACGAACUCUGGUUUCUAAGCAACCAGUGUGUGUCUAACAACAACAACAAAGUAUCUCCGUUUGUCGCGUCUCACGGGAGCCCGGUCCAAGUUAACCACCGCACACUUUAUUCCAGUCGACAUGUUGCCCGCGGAUUUGCCCUCAGACCGCGUCGCGAGGCUCAAUCUGCAAAGCUGUCGCAACAGAGAGGCGGAGAGACGAGGGAGGAUUUUUAACCACAAACUGAGGACCAUCGGGGUCAACAAGGAAGCCUUGGACAUGCAGGUGAAAGAAAAGGAGCAACGAGAAGAGGCAGCACGAGAGGAGCAAAACGCUCACGAUGCUGAUGUGCUCCGUCAUAGCAAAGCAGCCCUCCUCUUCCACAGCAGGGAAGUAAAGGAGAGGCGUGCGAUGGAAAAGGCCACGGUCAACCACCGACACCGGUACCAGCAGCCUCGGUGCCAGUGGGAGUUUGACCCGGAGGACCCGGACCGCUGUGGAAAGCCAGACCUCCCUGGUUUAGUGGGCGAGGAUCCCGGCAGUGAGAGCCGGCGGCAGAGACAGAAGGAGCAGCUCAGAGAGUGGCUCGUCCAGCAGCAAAGUGAGCGCGCAGCAGAGAGGCAUCAACGGAAGCUGGAGGAGCAGCACGAUGACCAAAGCAGCGCAGACAUGCGCAACAAAGCUCUGCAGCUCCAGGGCAUUGAGAUGGAGCAGAGAAAAGCAGCAACUAUUGCCACGAAAGACUACAACCUGGCCACGAUUGAAGAGAAGCGCUGCCAGCAAGGGGACCGAACAGCUCCCGUGAACCACCCGCUGACAGGUGGAGGUGCCGAACCCAGCCCGGGCAUGGAGGGGGUGCCUGGUAGCAGCCGUCCCAGCAGUGAUAGGAGCGCACCUUUGGAGAGCCUGCAGCAGAUCUCCCAGUUCCGGAAGUAUCAGAUGGAGGAGAAAAAUGUAAACGAGGAACACAUGAUGCUCAAAAUGCAUGCUCCUUUUGAUCAUUCACACACACACACCUGUUCACUGGGUCUGUCUGGGUUACCUGUGCACCUGCAGAGGGCAGAACUGGAGAGAAAGCGAGACGAGGAGCAACAUGACCGCGUCCGCUUGGACUCCAGUCGGACGGCUCUGCUAAUAGAGAGGCAGCAGGCCAAAGUGAACAAGCAGCUGAGACGACAAAUGGACAGCACCAAUGUCAAGAUGGCAGAAACACACAAACAACAGUCAGUGGCAUUGUUCUCUCAGUUAUGCACAUGCACAGUAUAUUCAAGCACAUAUACAAGAAUAGCGUCUCACUCCGUUUCUCAACUGCUGUCAUUCUAAGGAAACCGGACAUUCAAAAAGGAUGCAUCGACAACAGCUUCUUCUCCAAAUUCAACACCUGCAGCAGAUGAUGGAUGACUGACAAUGAGAAGAACAUGGAAUAAA